AUGCAUCCCACUCGUAUCCUCCACCGCGCAGCAUUACCACGCACAAAACCCGCCUUACUCCUCGCAACCAAAUGGAACGAAAAGCACGAUCCGACGGGAUGGUGGAUAUCCGAGAAAUACGAUGGCGUCCGAGCGUACUGGGAUAGCAAAGCCCAGAAAAUGGUGUCGAGAUUAGGAAAUGUUUUUGGUGUUCCGGAAUGGUUUACGCGUGAUUUGCCGAAAGAUAUGGAUUUAGAUGGAGAGUUGUGGGGAGGCUACGGAGCAUUCUCGCGAACCGUUUCAGUCGUCAAGACACUCAAACAAAAUCAAAUGACACUACCCACAUGGUCUUGUCUUACCUACCAAAUCUUUGACACCCCAACCAAAGACCCUUUUGAAACCCGACUCGUACUUUUAAAAAAGUACAUGGCGAAUAUACAUGCUCGGCAUCUUUGUCUUGUUGAUUAUCGACAAUGUACGUCUCGUGAGGAUUUACGGGAGGAAUUGGAGCGUGUGGAGAGGAGGGGUGGGGAGGGGAUCAUGUUGCGGAGGGCUGGGAGUUUGUAUAUUGGGAAACGGGAUGCGAGUUUGAGGAAAUUGAAAAAGGGGUUGGAUGCGGAGUGUGUUGUUGUUGGGUAUGAGGAAGGUAAGGGGAGGAAUGAGGGGGUUGUGGGGUCGCUCAAGUGCCGGUUGGAGAAUGACAAGGUGUUUUGGCUUGGGUCGGGGCUGACGGAUGAGGAUCGGAAGUGUCCGCCUCCGAUUGGGUCGGUUGUAACGUUUCGGUUUAUGGAGUGGACAAAGGAGGGUAUACCCCGGCACCCCAGUUUUGUUGGUGUGCGGAUAGAUUAUGAUCCAGAUGCCGGCACGGACACCAGUAUGGAUGCCGCCAUGGAUGUCGGCACGAAUGUGGAAAUGGACACGAUCGCAAGUGCAAGCGUAAACACGGAGCAAAGCACACGACAUGUGCAAGUGGACACAAACGCCAAUGCAAACGAAGACAGACCACCAGAACCAGAAGCAAAAACAAGAAUCCCUGCCACUAUGUCAAUGACCAGUACGCACUUCAAGUCCACUAGUAUGAAUUAG